AUAAAUUCUCCCUCAUAGCAAAUUUUCGCUCUUCGAGUGCAGGCUUAGCAUACACAGCCGAGGAGAAGAAGAAGAAGAAUCAUGGCGACGGCGCCGGUAGAAUCUGUUCAAUGCUUUGGGCGUAAGAAGACGGCGGUGGCAGUGACUCACUGCAAGCGCGGCCGCGGACUCAUCAAGAUCAACGGCGUCCCAAUCGAGCUGAUCCAGCCCGAGAUCCUCCGCUACAAGGCCUUCGAGCCAAUCCUCCUCUUGGGCCGCCACCGCUUCGCCGGCGUGGACAUGCGCAUUCGCGUCAAAGGAGGAGGUCACACUUCUCAAAUCUACGCCAUCCGUCAAUCCAUCGCCAAGGCCCUCGUAGCUUUCUACCAGAAGUACGUGGAUGAGCAGUCCAAGAAGGAGAUCAAGGACAUCCUCGUUCGCUAUGAUAGGACCUUGCUUGUAGCUGACCCGAGGCGCUGCGAGCCCAAGAAGUUCGGUGGUCGCGGUGCUCGUGCUAGGUUCCAGAAGUCCUACCGUUAAUCGCAUUUCGGAAAUUUCGUCCAGAUCUCAAUUAGUUGUGCUAUGCUUCAGUAAGAUGUUCGUUAAAGUUUUGAUUUUUCUGUUCUGAAAAACUUCAUUUUGUGACAGUUUUGAUAGACCUGGUUUGUAGUCUUACAUUAUGCGUAUUGUGUUGAUGGUUGACUAAUUUUAAAAUGUUUUUGAUAUUCUAAGCUUUUCAUGUGCCCUGAA